UUCUGUUGUGGAGUGGCCCGAAUCGGACGACGGGAUUGUCAUGAUUUUGAUAUCUUUAGAAAUUAGAACAGAUAUAUAGAUAUAUAGAGAGAGAAAUAAACUUUGAUUCACCUUUCUUUCUUUCUUUCUUUCUUCUUAAAUUGAAGUAUUAUUAUUAUUUAUAUUCUAUGGAGGAGGAGGAGGAUUCUUGGAAGAAUGAUUUUUCAGUUUAUUUCUUCUCUGGGUUUUCCAAAAUUGAUAUAAGUGGUCUGAAAACUGAAUGAUCUGGUUCUUCUUCUUCGAAGUGGGUUCUCGAUCGAACUAAUUAUUAGAGAAUUCUACCAUUGUUUCUCACAAUUGAACAACAAGAUCCGACCAAGGUACGUAUUAUCGAAAUGGGUUCUGCAGAAGAAGAAGAAGAAGAUGAGUUUCAUCAUACUACUAUUCCUCCUCCUCCAAGAAAGCUUGCCGAUCAUCCAUGUGUUGUUCCUCGGAAGCUACGGUCAGCCAUGAUAAAGCGCAAUCAUCAAGUAUCGAUUUCUCCCACCUUACCAGAGGCAAAAAAGAGAGUGAAGGGAAUCAAACUUAAAAAGGAAGUGCCUAAAAAAAGAUCAAGAAAACAGAGCACAGCAAUGGCAACCCCAAUCACAAAAGAUGAAGAAGAAGUAGUGGAAACUCUGAAUGCCUUAGCUGGGAUCUUUUCUUCUUCUUCUUCUCCUCCUCAUAGCAUAGCCAUUGAUACAACACCAAUUCAAUUCCAAUGUUCACCCAAUAACACCAUCAUAAACACUACAACAAUAACUCAAGAAGAAACCAUUAGUCAAACUGAUGAGCAUAAAGGAGUUUUACUGCAGCCCCUUGCAACUACUAAUGAUGAUAAUAAGAAAACAUUAUUGCUGAAAAGAUGCGCAACUCAUGUUUAUGUAAGCCAUUUUAUUAAGGUUUUGCAAUUUGUGACUGAAGAAGAAGAAGAGGGAAAAAAGGGUGAGGAACCAUCUAGAACCUUCACUUCCCAAGUUUCACAAAAGCCGGUAUUGCUUCAAACUCAUUUUGUCCUCUGUUGAGUUAUUUCCAUAUCUAAAAUUUGUCGACAAUUUUGCUUGCAGACUCAACAACAAUUUUGGACAGGUGAAUAUGAGGGGAGAAAAAGUACAGUUGAUGUUUUGAGGUGGCAAAUCGGAGGAGGAACAGAACCUGAUGUUUCUCCUCCCCAAAUGUUGUGUUCACCGGCGAGACCACCUUUCCAUUAUGGUCCUUUGUCAGUGGGUUGUUCAAAGCUCAAUCCAAACUAUGACCAGCAUCAGGAUAAAGCCGCUCUGGCUUUCCUUCCUGAUAUACCAUUAUCACUACAACUACUCUGCGGGGAGCCACCAUAGAAUGGAGCCAAAAAAGAAAGUUUUUGCGCCAGUUGAGCUUCUCUUCUCACGUCAGUGUUUGCAGUUGGUGGCUUAUAAUACCAAUAAUAAUCAUAAUAAUAUGUUCUGGUUUUCAGUUGCUACUACGCAUACAUUAAGAAGAAGCACUAUAAACCUCCAAAUUCGGCAUAUUCUUAUAUAAUCAAAUACAAAGUUGAAAAAUAUUCAAGUA